UUUGGUAAGAUGACGUUAGGAAUGUGGGCGAUACAAAACACAAGGAUCUACUAUUAUGUAAUUUAGGGCGAUUUUAAAGGAGACACGGGGGAACGUUUUGUCAUUACAUUAUGAUUGUUGACUUUUGAUUAAUAGAUUGUAGUCACAGGAAUAUGUCAACCAAUGCUACAACCACAGCUCCAGUGCAGAACGACUGUGAGACAGAGUCAAGCUCAGUCUGGAGCUGGUGGCCUUCCUGGCGUCCAACCUCCAUGUCCCUUUUGAAGACUGCAGAGUCAAAGAUUCUUGCUUGUAUUCAGAAUGACUUGUGGGCUAGGUUUGUGACCCUACCAAACCAGGAUCGAAUAUGGACUAUGACCAUUACCAACAAAGCAGUUCGCAAACCUGCAGAACAAGCUGCUAAAAUUCCCCUAGUCAUGGUCCAUGGUUUUGGAGGAGGGGUAGGCCUGUGGAUUAGGAACCUGGACACGCUGAGCCAGUCACGGCCUGUCUACGCCUUUGACCUCCUGGGCUUUGGCAGGAGUUCCAGACCUCACUUCCCCUCAGAUGCUACAAAGGCAGAGGAGCAGUUUGUCAACUCUAUUGAACAGUGGAGACAGUCUGUUGGCCUAGAGAACAUGAUUCUGCUGGGGCAUAGUCUGGGGGGGUACCUGGCUACCUCUUAUGCUAUUCAGUACCCUUCUAGAGUGUCACAUCUUAUCCUGGUAGACCCCUGGGGCUUCCCUGAGCGACCCCAGCCAGUGACUGAGGGGGCUCAGAGUCAGUCAGCAGAGGUGGUGAAGAGGCCGCGCCCUCCUGGCUGGGUGAAAGCUUUUCUGACAGUGUUUUCCUUCUUCAACCCGCUGGCUGUCAUUAGAGCAGCAGGCCCAUGGGGUCCAGGCUUGGUGCACAGACUCCGUCCUGAUUUCAAAAGCAAAUUCGAUGAUAUCUUUGAUGAUAACACAAUGACACAGUACAUAUACCACUGCAACGCACAAACCCCAAGUGGAGAGGUAGGUUUCCGGGUCAUGGUAGAGCAUCUGGGUUGGGCUAAGAGGCCAAUGCUACAACGGAUUCACAUGUUGCCACCCUCCAUGCCCCUCACCAUGCUUUAUGGAGAGUGGUCCUGGGUGGACAGCUCAUCUGGAGACAGAGUGCUCCAGAUUAGGAAUCAGACCAACACCAGAGUGAUGCUGAUAAAAGACGCCUCUCACCAUGUGUAUGCCGAUCAACCUGAAGAGUUCAACAAAGUGGUCCAAAAUAUCUGUAAUUCUGUUAACUGACUACAUGUGUGUUUGUAUAUGUCUGGGAGGAGGGGAGUAUAGAGGUUGUAUUAUUGUUGAUAGUGUCCUGAAAUAUAGUAUGAUGGAUGAUUUUGUUAUUGGGGAUUUCUAGACGUCAUGUAGUUCUACAUACAUACAGUAUGUCUGAAUGUAAUUAGGUUCUGAAUCCUGUUCUUACUGUAAGAAGUUACUAAUUUUAUUGUAGCAAAGCUCUUGAUAUUUAACUGCUGUAUUUAGUAUUAUGACAGAGCAGGCCCACAGCUACUGAUUCACUUUUUUGUGCCUGACAUCAACCGUACUAUAGGUCAUGCUUUCUUUGAUUUUUGUUUUUCUUUUAUGUCUUUCCCACAGUAUAAAACAACUGUUUGUAUUUUAUACCUUGAAAAAUGAAAAGCUUCUUUAACACGUGACCUCCUUCAGGUCUGCUACUGUAGUAACCAAGUGAUGCACUUUGUGGCCCGACCAGGAGAGGUCAGUAUCACAUGUUACUCCCGUUAGGUUAACUGUGAGAUUUAAGCUUGUUUGUAGUGGCGAUGAAUGGAUGGUGGAAGUCUCGUAAUCAGAAUGUUACUUAAGUAAAACUAUAUACUUAAU